GGACGAGUUUAUGGCAGUUCGUUUGACUCCGCGGUUCCGUAAUCUUGCCGACUGCCAGAUCCAGCUUCCCGGCCCUGGGCGGAACGGAUCGAGCUUCGUGAGCCCUAGAGGCUCCAGGAAAAGAAGGGCAGGAGUUUGUCUUUGCCAAGUUCUAAUGAAUCAUAAAGUAUUUGAACCAGUAGGAACAAAGCUAUUCAAAAAUGAAAAGGAAUUGGAAUUUGAAGAUUCAAACAAUAGUCUCUACAGAUUUCUAGGCAAUAAAUCAUCUUAUGUUUUUUGCAAAAGAAAAAAGAAUUCUGAGACUGGGUUAACUGAUGAAAUAAGACCAGAAGAGGAAAUGAUUUCAAAUCCUCUAGCCGAGAUUGGUGAGGAAAGAAUUGAGGAACUUAUUGACACAAUGAGAGGGACUCUGGCUUUACCUGUAAGCAUCACAGUUGACAAACCUGUUCUCCCACUUUCAAAAGCUGUGGAAGAUGUUUGAAAACAACAAACAUUGUUAUGUAUUCUUCAAUUUAUUCACCUUCCAUUCUUGGAAAGUAUUUUGGAAACUCUAGUUAAAACACAAAUUCUUCAAUUAAAUAGAGAGGAAGAUCUUGUUAUUGCAAACUCUAAACUAGACAGAGAGGUGAUUCCAAACUUACGUCUACCUGAGAUUGAUAAUUGGCUUAAUAGUGCAGCAAUUGAAUGCUUGGAAUAUUUCCCUGGUCAGUUAAUAGUUACUGUUGGCCAGCAGUUAGUACAACACAGAAACGAAGAGACAAGACUGAAUACAGAGAAGUUACUCUUUGAUGUCAUAGUAAAAUAUUAUAAUCAGGAGUUCAGCUGCUUAUUAACUGAUGAGUAUAUUGGUAUUUAUUCAGGAAUUAUUGAACUUUUAGAAAAUGAAAAAAGAACAGAAGCACUUGAAGCAACACAACUAUAUCUAAGAUUGUUGUUGUCCAACGUUAGAGAAGAAUUACGAUGGCUACUUACUUUCAUGGCAAUUGCAUCAGAAGCUAAUGCCAACAAGUUGCAAAAACAGUUUGAUAACAAAAUGGUGGUCCUGAAAACUCUUGCGAAAGCAGUUUUGCAAUCCAAAUUAUUAUUAAAAGUACAUGCAGGACAACUAGUCUUGUUCCUGUUGGAGCUCCACUAUGAGCUCUUCAAGACACCAGUUACUUUAUUGGAUCUGGUUAGUAAGAAAUUUAAGAAGCUUCUGCAUGGAGAAGAUCCAGAUGCCAUAUCAGGUUUCACAUCUUGCCAAUGCUUGACGUACAAGGAGUUUGAAAAACAUAAGGAAAGGACAAGCCAAUAUCUUCACCAGUUGGCUCUUGAGAUUAAUAGUAACCCUAGUAUCUCUUUAAAAUGAAAAAAUAAAUUAAUUAAAGAAUUCCAAAAACACCAUCCAGAAGUUUUGCACUAACGUUUCUGGGAUAGGAAACUAUAAUUUGUUAAUAUAAAGAACUCCUUUGGUAGUUUUCUCAAACUGCCAAUACCCACACUACAGAGAAAGGAUAGCCUAUAAACAUUUUAAAUGUAAUUAUGCUUACUUUGUUAAGGAAGAGUCAAAAGG